AUGAUUUGGAGUAACUUCAUCCCGGGAAUAAUCUUCCUUUCUCUUAUUGGACCUGGAAUUGUGGGGAACUUGCUUAUAUUUGUAGGGCAUGUAUAUACUUUUGUUAUGGGUUCUGAGAAAAAACCCAUAGACCUUAUUCUCAUCCAUUUGGCUUCUGCAAAUACAAUCAUUAUUUGUACCCAAGGGAGCAAAGCUAUAACUGUAGCUUUUCAUCUCAGAAAUUUCCUAGGCAAUGUUGGUUGUAAAAUUGUGGUUUAUCUGGGGAGAGUGGCGCGUGGUCUUUCAAUCUGCACCACCUGUCUCCUCAGCGUGGUCCAGGCCAUCACCAUCAGUUACAGGACCAACUCAUGGAGAAAGCUCAAACCGCAAACUGUAUGGCAAGUUCUUCCCUAUCUCCUCCUCUUCUGGGUCUUUAAUUUCCUGAUAAGCUCUAAUUUGCUCUAUUAUAUCACAGCAGUCGAUAGUUUGAACAGAUCUACAAUUAGACUAUAUAUUGGAUAUUGUUAUAUGCUACCAUCUAGGAAAAUAGUUAGGUGGCUUUUCCCUACUCUCAUGGCUUUGUGGGAUAUCAUCUUUCAGAGUGUCAUGGGCUGGAACAGUGGAUACUUGGCUUUUCGUCUAUAUAAGCAUCAUAAGUGUGUCCUCUACCUUCAGAACUCCAGGUUUCAAAGAAAUCCCAGCCCAGAGAUUAGAGCUACUCAAAGUGUUCUCAUUCUCAUGACCUGUUUCCUUUUCUUUUAUUGGACAGAUUUCAUUUUCUCCUUCUAUAUAGGUUACUUCUUGGCAAAUAAGUACAAAAUAUUAAAUGUUAAAAUAUUUCUAACAUCUGGUUAUGCCAGUCUCAGCCCCUUUGUGUUGAUCAUCAGGGAUGCCAACAUGGCUAAAUGCUGGAGAGCUCACUGA